AUGGCUCUCUACGUGGCCGGUUCUGCAAUUCUUGCCAUCAUUGGAUUCGGCAUAUACCUCCUUCUCUUUGUAGGACGAAGAGGACGCUAUCUCCCACCAGGUAACGUUGAAGCCCCCAGUCUUGAUGUGGGAGAGCUUCAGCAUCUGAUUGAUUGGGUUCAGGGCCUCCCACACUUCCGAUCAUUGGAAAUGCUCACCAAAUUCCACCGAAAGGAGUACAUAUCAGAAUGGGCAAAAGAAUAUGGAGGAAUCUAUUCGGUCAAGUUCGGUCCCGGUACAGCAAUUGUCUUGACCGAUCGCCGACUUGUUAAAGAGCUCUUGGACAAGAAAAGCUCCAUCUUCAGCGGUCGGCCCACGUCCUAUGUCUCGGGGGAUAUCAUUACCAGCGGAGACCAUUUACUUGUUAUGGACUAUGGUCCGAAAUGGAGAGAACUUCGGAAGCUUGUCCAUCAAGAUUUCGCAGAGUCUGUUUGUGAAAGAGAAUAUGUGAAAAUCCAGGAGGCCGAGGCCGUACAAAUGCUGCGAGACUUUGUGAACGCACCAGAGCACUACAUGCUGCAUCCGAAGCGGUUCAGUAACAGUGUAGUCAUGAGCAUACUUUUCGGAGCCCGCACACCCAGUUACACAACACCUCAUAUGACCAGACUCUAUGAGCUUUUGGAAAACUGGUCGGAAGUCAUGGAGAUAGGUGCAACACCGCCAGUGGACUUCUUUCCAUUUUUGAAGUGGGUCCCAGAACGUUUUCUUGGACAUUGGGUCUCGCGAGCCACCAAAGUAAAGCGUGAAAUGGACUCGCUCUACGGCGAUGUGGUCAGAUCUGUCAUAAAGAGGAGGGAAGAAAAGGGAAGCAAGGGUUCAUUUAUGGACAAGGUUCUCGACAAACAAGGGAAACUCAACCUUAGCCCCCAUCAGCUCUAUUUCCUUGGAGGAGUUGCGAUGGAAGGCGGGUCUGACACGUCGUCAUCUUGCAUCUUAUCCUUUCUCAAAGCCAUGACUUGCUAUCCAGAAGUGCAAAAGAGAGCACAGGCCGAAAUCGACGCUGUGAUGGAUCAAUACCGUUCUCCACAAUGGUCAGACUACUCAAAACUUCCCUAUGUUAGCCAAGUGGUUAAAGAAGCGAUGAGAUGGAGACCUGUUGGUCCCCUCGGUUUCCCUCAUGCUCUUACUGAAGGCAAGUCAAUACACGGAAUGUUCUUGCCCAAGGGAAGCAUUGUCAUCCUCAACAUUUGGGGUCUGCACAAUGAUGAGAGCAGGUUUCCCAAUCCUGACAAGUUCGACCCCGACCGAUACGCCGGCCGUACAUUGCUGGCUCCUGAAUAUGCCGUGUCUGCAGAUUAUGAAUCACGCGAUCAUUAUAUGUACGGUACUGGACGGAGAUUAUGUCCUGGAAUCCACCUCGCCGAGCGGAAUCUUUUCCUGGGAAUGUCCAAACUGCUCUGGGCUUUCUCGUUCGAAAAGGAGGUCGAUGCCAAUGGUCGUGUCAUGGAACCAGACCAAAGUUACGAGACGGGCUACAGCGAAGGUUUUCUUGUCUGCACGAAGCCGUUUCCAUGCAAAAUCAUCCCCCGUUCGCAGAAAAGAGUGGAGACAAUCAUGAAAGAGUUUGAACAAGCUGGUGUUGAAGUUUUUUCAAAGUUUGACUGA